AUGAAAUUAUUAAAAAUGGGUUUAACAACAAAGAACACAAAGUUUGGAGUAACUUCUCCAGAAAUCUGUCAUCGAAAGUAUCUUAUUUUAUCGUCUGUAUUCUUGAUGCUUGGCUCAGUCCCCACAGCAGUGUAUCUUUUUGUUGAAGGCGUUCAAGAACGCUUACCAGUGAACAUUGGACUGAUAGUACUCGCUAAAACUUCAAAAUAUCUAUCUGCCUUGAUGGGAAUGAGUGGAACAUCGAAGAAUACAGUGUUUAGAGUUACCUCUGCAGAAGGCUGUUAUCGAAAGGUAGGCUAA